GAGGGCGUGCUUACAAGACAAUUAUGUCAGCAAAUUAUUGGAGAUUAUCACUUGUUCUCACAAGACAACCUGUUCAGUCAAGCGAAUAUCUUGAGCAGAUUUUAAAACAAAUGAAGUUUGGGGCCCCUAUUGGAGCAGCAUGUGGGACAUAGCGGCUUGCCUUCUUAAUCUAAGGUCAGAGCAGACAGACUGCACUGCGCCUUAAGUGCUCCCUCAUGCACAGAGCUGCAAACACAGCAUAUAUCCUGCUUUUUACACUGUUCUUUGUCACCUUGCUGAUGUUUGGCCACUUCCAACCUUGUUGGUUUUAGUUGUGAUCUGGGGACAGUUGGACAGACUGAGACUAUCAUGGAGCACAUGUCCUCUCCGGUCCGCUUACGCAACAUUAAAAAAGUUUAAAAGUAUGCCUACAGAAGAUAAGGAGGACACCCAUCUGAGGGAUCUGUCUGUGGCCUCUCAACCUGGUGAACAGCACCAGACAUCAGGUCAGUCACCAAUCUCACUAACCAACUGUGAACCUGAGGUUACUGGGACAGGAACCAAUGAGGGUCUCCCCAGCCUUCCCUGGACUCCAUCUUUGACCCUCCCAGCCUUGGGCAGCCCCACGAUGCCCCUAAAACAAAAUCACACAGGAGUGGAUGCAGAUUUCCACCCCCUACAGCUGAGGUGGCAGCUCAUGUGUCAGGGAUCUCUUGAAUCGCCGCUCAGCCCGGGAUCAUGUCCACGCAGCCCAUGGGGACAGUUUGACCCCUAUGACUCUGAGGAUCAGGAUAAGGAGUAUGUGGGCUUUGCUAUGCUGCCCAGUCAGGUCCACAGGAAGACAGUGAAGAAAGGUUUUACCUUCACGGUCAUGGUAUUAGGAGAGUCUGGCCUCGGUAAAUCCACACUGAUCAACAGCCUGUUCCUCACAGACCUCUAUAAAGACAGGAAGGUUCCAAAUGCAGAGGAACGGAUCAGUCAGACAGUGGAGAUCAUUAAACGCACUGUCAGCAUCGAGGAGAAAGGAAUCAAACUGCAGUUAUCCAUCGUAGACACGCCCGGGUUUGGAGAUGCCAUCAACAACAGAGAGAGCUGGAAGCCGGUAGAAGACUACAUCGACCAGCAGUUUGAGCAGUACUUCAGAGACGAGAGCGGUCUGAAUAGGAAGAACCUCCAGGAUAACAGAGUCCACUGUUGCCUCUAUUUCAUCUCACCGUAUGGUCACGGGCUGCGACCUUUGGAUGUGGAGUGUAUGAGGGCGUUGCAUGAAAAAGUCAACAUAGUUCCUGUGCUGGCCAAAGCUGACAGCCUGACUCCUACAGAAGUCUGCAGCAAGAAGAUGAAGAUCAAAGAGGAGAUCAAGCACUUUGGGAUCAACAUCUACCAGUUUCCGGAGUGUGAUUCAGAUGAGGAUGAAGAGUAUAAAAAACAAGACCAGAUUCUCAAGGACAGCAUCCCAUUUGCAGUUAUUGGAAGCAAUGUCCAGCUGGAGAACAAAGGCCGCAGGUUCAGGGGUCGGCUUUACCCGUGGGGUGUGGUAGAAGUGGAGAACCCAGCGCACUCAGACUUCCUGCUGCUGAGGAACAUGCUGGUGAGGACACACAUGCAGGAUCUGAAGGACGUAACGCAGGAGAUGCACUACGAAAAUUACCGAGCUGAGUGCAUCCAGAGCAUGACACGCAUGGUGGUGCAAGAAAGGAAGCGCAGUUUGCGUGAGAAGUUUCAACAAGAGAGCAGAACAGAUUUUCCUCUGCCGCUGGCUGCUGUUGAUGCAGAGAAGGAAAGACUCAUCUUUGAAAAAGACGAAGAGCUGAGGAGAAUGCAGGAGGUGUUGGAGAGGAUUCAGGAUCAGAUGCAACACAGCCAGAAAGGCAACUGCUGAUUGUCCCCGAUACCUCCGGGCGAAAAGACAAACAGAGCAGCACAAAAAAAAAGUUAAGUCUGACAGUCGAAAGACUGGAGUGGUUGUUCGAAAAACAAUCUACAGGACAAUGAUGCUGCAAUUCAUUUGCAUUUCCAUUUGCAUUCUUCUGGAAUACGUCAGGAAUAACAAUGACACCUAGUGGCUGUAGCAGACAAUGACCUUUGAAAUUUGAUAAACUCCCAUUUAAAAGUACUUUUUAAUGCUUUUUUAAAAUUUCAUCGAGCUGGUUUUUGCUGUUUUGUAACAUGAAAUUGUAAAAAUAUCAAUAAAAGCUUUUAAACUCCA